GGUUGCGGUCUCACAACGCGAACUGAGAUCCACCCGCGCGCAUCUCAACUUCCAUGACGAUAAUGGAUGUGCGAUAGACGUUUUGCAAGUUUAAUGCAAUGCGUUAAAACCAAGAGCGUCCGGGAUUCUCAUGUGGAUUAAAUCUUUGUUUUGAGCAGGAUAAGUUUGGAGACCCAAAAGUGGACGGAGUCGAUGUCGGAGAUGCACUGUAAAUUAACACUUGAGUGACUCAGCAUAAGAGCCAAGGCAGCAGCCAUUGAGGAACCUUUACCAUGCAGAGAUACACAUGGAGUUCAAAUCAACGUCCUCCACCUCAGUACCAAGAGCGACCUCCACCUCAGUACCAAGAGCGACCUCCACCUCAGUACCAAGAACGACCUUCAAUUCGGUACCAAGAACAAUUCCCGCCUAAGUACCAAGAUGUCAGGGAUGAACAAUCCAAUAUGUUCCAGGCACAGUUCAACACUCAACAUUAUACCACAUCACCGACAAGAUAUUCCAAUGGACAACAAGAAGCUUCAAAUCAUUGCCAAUCUUUUCAAUCAAACUUGCAUGGAUAUAAUCCGCAGACAAACCAGGCCCAUCCCCAAUACCCGUGUGCAGCCUCCAACACACAGCAGCACUACCCAUCUGAAAACCCAAACACAAAUGGGUAUCAUGCCCAAUUUGGCACACAAUCAAACGUUUCCUCCCCACAUAACUAUGGAGAAACAGGCCGCAAUCAAGCUUACAUGUAUCGGUCUCCACAGUCAAACCAUGGCAACUCUGUGGUUAACAACAGGAGUUGGAAUUUCCACAUGUACAACAGUCACAGCUUUUAUUCCAUGAACAAUCAGCAACAAUUUCAACCUCCUAGAACGGCUCCUCGUCAUCAUCAUCAUCAACAACAACAGUUCUCUAGACAACACUCAGGCAAAAAACAUAAAAGCCACCACCGGACACAAGGACACCAUCCACAAUCCUCUUCUUGGGCCCAUAACAAUGCAGUUUCCCAGAGAAUUUCCAACAAUCAAGCUCAGAGCCAAAUGGUGGCAAGUUAUACCUCAUGCAACUCUACGACACCGCCUUCUGGAGCACAGAGCGAGAUUCCAUUGCCUUCCAAUAACUUAAACCAAAGUCCUGUUACCCAUAACCAGCCAGAACUAAGGUCAAAUGCAGGUCCAGAUGUAUCUACAAACCAUUCUCAGAAUAAUCAAAGCACUGAGCAACAGUCUCAGGGCACAAACGGUGGGACAUAUAACAAUGAGGCCUCUCAAAUGACAUGGACUAAUGAAGCCCCACCUCAGACCCAUUAUAGAUUUAAUAAUUCGCUAAUAUAUCAAUUACUGACUUCAAAAGACAAUAAACAAGCUGGUAAGCAGCUGAUACCAGAUGAAAGAAAUGCACAUCAUAACACUUGUUCAGAACAGUCAGAGGUUUGUGCAACCAACAGGACUGAUCACCAUUCACAUUUUUCUGAACCUAGUGUACAGUGUGCAGUUGAACCCCCAAGUAAGAUUAUGGAGAAUGCUGUUCAGAAAGACUAUUGGAACAAAGAAACAAGGGUUUCCAAAGACAGAAAUGAUUUUGGAGUGCAAUCUGUCCGACCUGGUACCCAUCAGACAGGUAGCAAUAAGAACCGACCUAAAGAAAUGAGUCAAUACAACAUACAGUACAGUACGGACCCGGCGGACUGUCUUGAAGCGGUGUUUGCGCUAAAGAAAGUCUCACAGCAAGUUCACAAGGCAAUAGCCAUCGUUCCACCCAUUUCCCAGCAGACCUCAAACACUGCACAGAUGGCUGAUACCAGCCCCAAAAAAGCUGACAGUCCACCGUUAAAGAUUGAUUCUGUUUGGUCAUUUGCUGAGUCUGAUGCACAAAAAACUGCAGAUGACAAGUUGUCUGAAUCCCCCUCACCAACUGCCCAACAGGAGGACAAAAGCCAAGAAAUUGAGACUACAAGCAACAUUGCAGACUCUGAUAUAUGCUCUACUAGCCCAGUUGAAUGUCAAAAUAAUGUUCAGCAAGGUGACUGUGAUUCAAGUGAUACUUCAUUUGACUUAUCUAGUGUGCCAGUGGUUAAGUACACACUAGGGAAUUUAAUGGACUUAGUGAAGUCUUUAGAGAUGACGGAAUUAUCAAAUGAAUAUGCAGAGAUAUCUGAGAGCAUUUUGAAACACUGUUGGAAUGGGAAUAAGGCCAAUCUUGUGGAGGCAUUGAAAUCAUUUAAACAAGAGGUAGAACUGCACUCAUCUGUAGAAAUCGUAAGGGAUUAUGAGUCUGUGGUAUUUGAAAGUAUUGAAACUGAAAACCUAAAAAAGCUAGCUCAUUGCGACAAUCUCAACGAUGAGAUGUAUUCAUCGUCUGAGGAGUAUAGGUCCUCUUGGUUAAAUGUUGAUGGACAGCCAGCUGAUAUUGACAAGGUGCUUUCAGAACCACUGUUGGAUGACAUAACCGUGAUCAAGACGACAUCACAGUUAUUUUCAGAGAACACUGUUGUCACUUUAUCCAAUUUAGGUGUGAAUUCCCUCAAAGAUGUGCCCAUGGUUUCAUCCAAAGAAAAAAGUGUAAAGCCAGACACGUGUAGACCAACAGCUCUUUUCACACCCCAGUCAGGAAAUGACAUUGAGGAAAUAGCCACAGAAAACAAUGGCCAUUCAUAUGCAGGGCUGUCUAGAAUUACAUCUCUGAGCAGCAACUCCAGUGAGAAUGAGACAUUUCUAGGCAGCGUCUCCAGUGAGAAAGAGACAUUCAAGAAACAAGAGGACAUCAAACACAGCCACAAUUUUAACACAAAGCCUUCAGAGAACGUCCCAUUAGCAGAAGGAUCUACAGAGAUACGUACAGCCUGCAGCGAUGAAAUAGAAGUAUUCAGACAAGAUCAUUAUGAGCAAAUAUGUCACAAUGUGCCUGUGUCAGAGGCACUUCCUCUUAGCCCUGAGGACAAUGUUUCAGAUGGUGUAAAAAACUCUGAGGAGUCUUUGUCUACUGAGACUCUUUGUAAUUCCAAGGAUACAUGGCUGGUAGAAGAUAUUUCAGAAGAUGAAAAUCCAGACCAUAAGGAGGCUCUUAAUAACUCCUCAGACAUUGGGCUGGUGGACGAUAUUUCAGAAGAUGAAAAUCCAGACCAUAAGGAGGCUCUUAAUAACUCCUCAGACAUUGGACUGGUAGAAGAUAUUUCAGAAGAUGAAAAUCCAGGCCAUAAGGAGGCUUUUAAUAACUCCUCAGACAUUGGACUGGUAGAAGAUAUUUCAGAAGAUGAAAAUCCAGGCCAUAAGGAGGCUUUUAAUAACUCCUCAGACAUUGGGCUGGUAGACGAUAUUUCAGAAGAUGAAAAUCCAGACCAUAAGGAGGCUCUUAAUAACUCCUCAGACAUUGGGCUGGUAGAAGAUAUUUCAGAAGAUGAAAAUCCAGACCAUAAGGAGGCUCUUAAUAACUCUUCAGACAUUGGGCUGGUAGAUGCUAUUUCAGAAGAUGAAAAUCCAGGCCAUAAGUUGGCUCUUAAUAACUCUUCGGACAUCGGGCUGUUGGAAGAUAUUUCAGAUGAUGAAAACACUGGAAAUAAGGAGGAGGUUCUUCCUAUCUCCUCAGACAUCUGGCAUGUGGAAGACAUCUCUGAUGAUGAAAAUCCAGGCAAUGAGGAGGCUCUGAAUAACUCUUCGGACAUUGGGCUGGUAGAAGAUGCUUCAGAAGAUGAAAAUCCAGGCAAUAUUGAGGCUCUAAAUAACUGCUCGGACAUAUGGCUGGUAGAAGAUAUUACAGAUGAUGAAAACACUGGAAAUAGGGAGGUUCUUCCUAUCUCCUCAGACAACUGGCAUAUGGAGGACAUCUCUGAUGGUGAAGAUCCAAGCAAUAAGGACACUAGUAGUAACUCCCCAGACAUAUGUGUGGUGGAAGAUGUUUCUAAUGAUGAAAAUUCAAAGGACGAUGAUCCCUUGCUACUGGGAAUCACAGUGCUAUCAUCUGAAGAUGCUAAAACUUUUUUCCAAAAGAUGGAAGAUAAACCUUUAUGCAGCAUCAAAACCACUACAUCAAAACUUGACAACCCAGAUCUUGUAGCAUGCUUUGAUGUACCCAGUCAGCCUAGCCCAGCUAUUUGUUCUCUUUGUGGUACCAAAAUGGCAAUAUCCAAUUCCACUAAUGUGACGUACAGUGAUGCUGAUAUUUUCUGCUUCCAGUGUUGGGAACAGGCACCUUUACUGGUGCUAGAAGAGCAGCCGUGCUCUCCUAUGACAAAUGAGGCUGAUGUACUGGGCUCCCCUGCUAAAUCAAACAAACAAGGUCAAGAUUGUAGUCCACUAUGUGUUAAACUGGAAGUCAUGGAGCUAAAUGUGGCUUCAACAAACGAGUGCAUUGUGGAUGAAAGGCUGACAACACGAAGAAGUAGCCAUAUGAUAAAAUCAGAACCGGGUCAAGAUUCGCCAUCUCUUGAACUGAAAGACAAGGAGCUGAAGGUUACUUCGCCAGAAAAAUGCUUUGAGAAUGAAGGACAAAAAAGAGACACUAUGGAUAAAUCAGAACUGAGACAAACCUGUAGUCCACCAUUUCUUGAUCUAAAGGUCAAGGAGCUAACUGUUACUUCAACAAAAAAAUGCAUUGUAGAUGAAGGACUGACUGGACAAAUAAGUGACAGCAUGGUAAAACCAGAACUGGGACAAUAUUGCAAUUCACAAUCUCUUGAACUGAAAGUCACCGAGCCAACUGUUGCAUCAACAGAGGAACGCACUGAAAAUGAAAGACUGACAGGACGAAAAAAUUGUAGUCGACCAUCUCUUGAACUAGAAGUCAAUGAGGCAUCUGUUGCUUCCACAGAGGAACGCGCUAAAGAUGAAAGACUGAUGGGACAGAAAAGUGAACGUUUUAUAAAAGCAGGACAGAGACAAAAUUGUAGUUCAUCUCUUGAAACGCAGGUCAAGGUGCCAAAUGUUGCUUCUCCAGAGGAUUGUAUUGCAGAUGAAGGACUGACAGGACAAAAAAGUGAUAUUAAGGUAAAAUCAGUGACUGAAAUUCAGAGGCCAGCUGAACAGGAGAGAAAUGAUAAAACGGAGAAAAACCGAUUGGCCAAGCACCAACGCAACAAGCCACCUCCAAAUAAAUCAGCUUUUUUAAAGCAUAAACUUGGUCGCGCUAGGACUGGUUCCGAUGACUCUGUGCUUUUCGCUCCAGAUAUUGUGGUUAAAAAGUUUGCAAAAAAACGCCCUAGUGGUGGGAGUCAGGACUGCAGCAAGGUGAAAAAAUUAAAAGAACACAGGCAAGAAAGACAAGAUUGUCCUGACAGAACCUCACCUCACCAUAGAGAAAACCUACAGAAAGUUACAGAGAAAGUGCCCGGCCCGGACACACCACACCAAAAGUCCAAAAGGAAGCUUGAGCUGUGUGGUAUUCUGUCAGUGAAUAAAACUAAAACCGCUGAGCCAAAGAAAGUGAGAUUUGACUUGUUUGGAUCCAACAGAGAAAAACAGAUCAAUGUUCCCGGGCGGCAUUUUUCAGCAACCGUGACCUUGACGGUCUCCGAUAACUGCAGAGAGUAUACCGAUGGGCUUUCUGCCAAACAAAAAGUUCACAACCAGUGGAGCAGCACCUUUAUACCUAAAAUGAAGACCCAGAUCUUUUCUCCCAGAUCACCACAGAAGAAAAACAAACAGAAAACGCAUGACAGCAUUAACAUGACCGCAUUAAAAAGCCAUUUGACUCACAGAGCCUCGCUCCUGUCCAGUGGUGAGAGAGAGACUAAUCACUUUAGAAAACCAGGUUUUCAUCCAAAGCUAACCUAGAUGCUUGAUCAUUGCUUUUAUAAUGUUUACUUAAACAUGUUUACACGUUAUAGCUUUUCUGUUUAUGACAGCGAUGGAUGUUUUUUUUUACUGUUAUUGAAAGCAAAAUAGAAAACUUUAUUUUAGCACCAUUGUAAUAUACCGUUGUAAAGUAUGUGACUGAAAAAUUCAGUCUGCAAAAACUGCUAUCUGUUAUUUUAUAAGAGUAUUUUUAUAAUCAUUUUAAGUACUUCUUGAUGUUACAAAGUGUAAAAUAUAACAUUUGUAUUUGGAAAUACAUGCCAGUUUACUGGAAAGGCAGCUGUCACUUAAUAAAUCUGUUGAAAUGACAUGUUCUCU